GCUAACCAUGGAUGACGCCCACUGUAAGACUGUGGACGAGGUGCUAAACUACUUUAGCACCGACUCUGAUAAAGGAUUAUCGCCCGACCAAGUCAAGAGGAACCAGGAAAAGUAUGGCCUCAACGAACUGCCAGCUGAGGAGGGAAAGUCCAUCUGGCAACUCGUUUUGGAACAAUUUGACGACCUUCUAGUUAAGAUUCUUCUAUUAGCCGCUAUCAUAUCAUUCGUUCUAGCUUUAUUUGAAGAGCACGAUGACGCGUUCACGGCAUUCGUCGAGCCCUUCGUUAUUCUCCUUAUCCUCAUCGCUAACGCCGUUGUCGGUGUUUGGCAAGAACGUAACGCCGAAUCCGCUAUCGAGGCGCUCAAAGAGUACGAACCUGAAAUGGGAAAAGUUGUCCGAGGUGACAAAUCUGGUGUACAGAGGCUCAGGGCAAAGGAAAUUGUACCUGGUGAUAUAGUCGAGGUCUCAGUUGGUGACAAGAUACCCGCUGAUAUUCGUCUCACUAAAAUCUACUCGACUACACUCAGGAUUGACCAGUCCAUUCUCACCGGUGAAUCCGUUUCCGUCAUCAAACACACCGAUGCCAUCCCAGACCCACGUGCUGUCAAUCAGGACAAGAAGAACAUUUUGUUCUCCGGAACGAAUGUAGCCGCUGGAAAAGCGCGAGGUGUUGUAAUUGGAACCGGAUUGAACACCGCCAUUGGUAAAAUCCGUACAGAAAUGUCGGAAACCGAGGAAAUCAAGACCCCACUUCAGCAAAAACUCGAUGAAUUCGGUGAACAAUUGUCGAAGGUAAUUUCGGUGAUUUGCGUCGCUGUCUGGGCGAUCAAUAUCGGUCACUUCAACGACCCCGCUCACGGAGGAUCAUGGAUCAAAGGUGCGAUCUACUACUUCAAAAUUGCUGUCGCCCUUGCCGUCGCUGCUAUUCCCGAAGGUCUGCCAGCCGUAAUCACGACUUGUCUUGCCCUCGGCACUCGUCGUAUGGCCAAGAAAAAUGCCAUCGUUAGGUCACUUCCGUCCGUCGAAACUCUCGGUUGCACCUCCGUCAUCUGCUCCGAUAAAACCGGUACCUUGACCACCAAUCAGAUGUCCGUCAGCCGCAUGUUCACAUUCGACAAAAUUGAGGGUAACGACAGCAGCUUCCACGAGUUUGAGAUAACCGGAUCGACGUACGAGCCGAUCGGUGAGAUAUUCCUCAAGGGUCAGAAGAUAAAGGGUAACGAUUUCGAGACGCUCCACGAGAUCGGAACGAUAUGCAUAAUGUGUAACGAUUCGGCGAUCGAUUUCAACGAGUUCAAACAGGCCUUCGAGAAGGUCGGCGAGGCGACGGAAACUGCGCUUAUCGUUCUUGCUGAGAAGGUUAAUCCCUUCGGUGUACCGAAGGCUGGUCUGGACCGUCGUGCAUCGGCGAUUGUCGUCAGGCAGGACAUCGAAACUAAGUGGAAGAAGGAGUUCACCCUGGAAUUCUCACGCGACCGAAAAUCCAUGUCGUCCUACUGCGUGCCCCUGAAACCGUCUAAACUCGGCACCGGACCAAAACUCUUCGUCAAGGGAGCACCCGAGGGUGUACUCGACAGAUGCACGCACGCCCGUGUCGGAACCCAGAAGUUCCCUCUGACAUCGACUCUCAAAAACCGCAUCCUCGACCUCACCAGGCAAUACGGAACCGGACGCGACACCCUUCGUUGUCUCGCUCUAGCGACCGCCGACCACCCGAUGAAACCCGACGACAUGGACCUCGGCGAUUCUACCAAAUUCGUUACCUACGAGAAGGAUCUCACAUUCGUCGGUGUCGUCGGUAUGCUUGACCCGCCUCGUAAGGAGGUCUUUGACUCGAUUGUCAGAUGCCGGGCAGCCGGUAUUCGCGUCAUCGUUAUCACCGGCGACAACAAAGCAACAGCUGAAGCCAUCUGCAGGCGCAUUGGAGUUUUCGGCGAGGACGAAGACACCACUGGAAAGUCAUACUCUGGUCGUGAAUUCGACGAUCUUCCUCUGUCCGAACAAAAGGCCGCGUGUGCCAGAGCCAGGCUUUUCUCCCGUGUCGAACCCGCGCACAAGUCUAAGAUCGUUGAAUUCCUUCAGGGAAUGAACGAAAUCUCUGCUAUGACCGGUGACGGUGUCAACGAUGCUCCAGCCCUGAAGAAGGCUGAAAUCGGUAUUGCCAUGGGAUCUGGUACCGCAGUCGCUAAGUCUGCUUCUGAAAUGGUAUUGGCUGACGACAAUUUCUCUUCUAUCGUCGCCGCCGUUGAGGAGGGUCGUGCUAUCUACAACAACAUGAAACAGUUUAUCCGUUAUCUCAUUUCGUCCAACAUUGGUGAAGUCGUGAGUAUUUUCCUCACUGCCGCCCUCGGUCUUCCGGAAGCUUUGAUCCCCGUUCAGCUUCUCUGGGUCAACUUGGUAACAGACGGUCUUCCCGCUACCGCGCUUGGUUUCAAUCCACCAGAUCUUGACAUCAUGGACAAGCCCCCGCGCAAGGCUGACGAGUCUCUCAUUUCCGGAUGGCUGUUUUUCCGCUACAUGGCUAUUGGUGGAUACGUCGGUGCUGCUACGGUUGGAGGUGCUGCAUGGUGGUUCCUGUACAGUCCCCAUGGACCUCAGAUGAACUACUACCAGCUGACGCAUCACUUGGCCUGCAUCGGCGGUGGUGACGAGUUCAAGGGUCUUGACUGCAAAGUCUUUACCGAUCCUCAUCCCAUGACAAUGGCUCUCUCGGUUCUUGUUACCAUUGAGAUGUUGAACGCUAUGAACAGCUUGUCCGAGAACCAAUCUCUGAUCUCCAUGCCUCCAUGGUCGAACCUCUGGCUGAUCGCCUCGAUGGCUCUUUCUUUCACACUCCAUUUCGUCAUCCUCUACGUCGACGUACUAUCCUCCGUGUUCCAAGUGUGCCCCUUGACCCUGGAAGAAUGGAUCACCGUAAUGAAGUUCUCCAUUCCAGUGGUACUUCUUGAUGAAACCCUGAAGUUUGUCGCCAGAAAGAUCACAGAUGGUGAGAACCCAAUAUACACCGUGCAUUGGAUUGUACUGAUGUGGGCUGUGUUCUUUGGAGCGAUACUAGUUUCUCCAAUCUAGAUAAAAUGAAAAAAAUGAAAAAGCAAAACAAAAACAGAAAAAAAAAAAACAAACAAAGAUAAGAAAAGAGAAAAAAAAAAAACCUCGUCUAAUAUUAGUUGAUCAAUAAUAAUAAUAAUAAUGUUUCUUUUUCCCGUGGGGGGGUAACGUUCAUAAAUAACUGAAUUACCUGGACUUGCAGUUGCAUUUAAUAUUGAACUUCCCCCAUGGCACGGGAGAAGUGACGGAAUGAAAGAGAGAAAAAAAGCGAAAAAAACAACAACAAAAAAAGAUAUACAUAUAUAUGUGUGUAUAGACAAAACAUAUAUACAUAUAUAAUAAUGAUUAAUAAUAAUGAAUUAUUAACGAAGUGUGUUUAAGUGAGAUUUUUAACAAGUUUUUGGACUGCUGCGCAUGGUGUUAGUCAGUGCUACCGUAACUGUGCGUCGUUACUAAAUGCUCUCACGAUGCCCCCUGCCCUUCUUCUCACCCUGUACACAACAGCGUUACCACAACCGUCGUCAUAAAUUCUACCAACUACAGUGGUUCCAAGUGUUUUUGAAUAUUCUACCGUUUAAUUCAAGAAUCAUGAUUUUUAAAUUAUUUUUAUACAAGUGCCUUUUUAAGCAUUAACGUAUGUAAAUCGUAGCCAACUGACCUCAGUAUUGAUUUCGAUGACACAAUUUUCUGAUAAUACUGAUUAAAACAAAAUACAAAGAAAAAC